GAAGCCCACGAGUUUUGAUCUAAAAAGAAGCCCACGAGUCUCUCCACAAAUACGGCGCCCCGCAAAUGCCCCGAACAGUCCGAAGUGAACCAAAGCUCACUGAACGAACACCAGAGCGACAGAACGAGUGCAGCAAGAAGCAUGGCUCCGACGCGCGUAGCAUCGUUCCUCUUCCUCUUCUUCCUCGUCUCCGGCACGUACACCUCCUCGGUGCACGGCGCCGCGGACGACGACACAGCAUCGUUCGUGUACGCGGGGUGCUCGCAGGGGCGGUACGCGGCGGGGACGCAGUACGAGUCCGGGGUGGACUCCGUGCUCACCUCCCUCGCCAACAGCGCCCCCUACGCGCCCUACGCCAACACCACCUCCCCAGCCUCGUCGGCCGUGUCCGCCGUGUCCGGCCUCUACCAGUGCCGCUCCGACCUGGCAUCCUCCAUCUGCACCAGCUGCGUCCGCUCCGCCAUCAACAGGCUCUCCUCCCUCUGCGCCUGGUCGUCCGGCGGCGCCGUGCAGCUGCGCGGCUGCUUCGUGCGCUACGGGAACGACUCCUUCGUCGGCAAGCCCAACACGGCCGUGCUCUUCAAGAAGUGCGGCGGCGGGUCGCCUGACGCCGGCGCCGGCGCCAUGGCCAUGAGGGACUCGGCGCUCGGCGCGCUCGCCUCCGAGGCGGCGCCUGGGUACCGUGCCGGGGGAGCUGGGGGUGUCCAGGCCAUGGCGCAGUGCGUCGGGGACCUUGAUGCUAAGGCGUGCUCUGAGUGUGUGUCGGCUGCCGCUGCGCAGCUCAAGGCCGGGUGCGGGAACGCCGGUGCCGGGGAAGUGUACCUGGGGAAAUGCUACGCGCGGUUCUGGUCCAACGGCGGAGGAUUCGUCAGCUCCGGCGCCGGCAACCGGCGCCUGGCUCUUGCCGUCGCCGUCGCCGGCGGUUUCUUCGCCUCGUCUUUGGCUUACCUUCCAGCUGUACUCAUGUAGUAGUUGUCAAAGCUAUUUGCAGUAUAGAAUGGAGAUCAAAGCAGUAGCUACAUGUAUGAUGUGUCUUGAUCUGGCCACAAGAUCACUUCUGUGCUCAAGAAAAUGUCGUCUAUUCAUGUAACUUGCUUACUUAGCUGGGCUUAUUCUCUCAAGCGUUGUAACGGUAAAUCUGAUCAAUCGAUCUCAUGAAGCAUGUGACUCAUGUUUGUAUGUCUC